CAAAGAAAAUUCUUUUAUGGUUUAUAGUUUUAGACAACAAACAAAGUUUUAUCGAAAACAAACAAUCAAAAAUAAACUACAAUGAAUUUUAACGUAUUUUUAAUCAUUAUCGUUUCAUUAGUUGCGUUAGCAACAGUUCAAUUUUCUGCAGCUACUCCAGUUACUCCAGCUACUCCAGCUACACCUGCUACCCCAGCUACACCAGCUACUCCAGCUACUCCAGCUACACCAGCUACACCAGCUACUCCAGCUACUCCUGCUACCCCGGCUACUCCUGCUACACAAGCUACACCAGCUACUCCAGCUACUCCAGCUACUCCGGCUACUCCGGCUACUCCAGCUACUCCAGCUACUCCAGCUACACCCGCCACACCCGCCACACCCGCUACUCCAGCUACUCCAGCAACUCCAGCUACACCAGCUACUCCAGCUACUGCGGCUGCAGCAGCCAAUCAGAUAGGCGGCCAAAGACGAGGAGGACAACAAGGACGUUGGCUAACAUGGAAAUAG